UAACACGAUGAUUAUGUCAAUAUUGAUCUUGAAUGAAAUCAAAAAAGCUCAAAGCUCAAAGCUAAAGCUCAAAGCUUGAAGCUUAAAGCAUAAAGUAAAAAAGUCUGUCAGCUUAGCGCCAACUGUAAAGCAUAAUCACAUGGUUUAUUCAUUAUCAACAUUACCAUAUCUCAACUUUGCCGCCAGCAACAUCUUUAUUGUUGUACAAGUGCAAUCUAUCAUUAGGAUCAUGUCCAUCUUGAGUAAAUUAUGGGAUAAAGUAUUUCUUCCUGAAUGGUCUUUCAAAUACAAUUGUUAUGAAACUGCUCACACAUGGACACCUCAUUGUUCAACAGCCUCAUGGGAAAUUGGAAGCUCGGCGUUUGCAGAAGGGUUAAAGAUGUAUUCAGCUUUAAAUACAUUACAGUUUAUACUGAACCGUAAAUAUACUCAAGAUGCUCUCCUCAAAGCCAUUGGUAAUAUAUUAAACUCGUCAACUUUCCUUGGAGUCAAUGGUUUCCUCAUGUUUAGCCUUUUCUGCGGCAUUAGACGUGCUUCUGGUAAAUUUUAUUAUUCACUGGUUGCCUUUUUACCCUCAUUCAUUGCCGCUUAUGUAGCCAUCUUUAUUGAGCGGCCUCAUCGUAGGUCAGCACUUGCACUUUACUUAAUCAACAUUGCCUCUGAAUGUCUAUACCGUGUGGCCAUUAAACGUAAACUCUUCAAGCCCAUUCCUAAAGGAGAGAUAAUGCUGUUUACAACCUCAAUGUCAGUAUUAAUGUAUCUCUACCGGAUUCGUGGUCUUGGUAAUGAUCCCAUCAGCCUUCUGAUUAAAGGUUUAAUUGGUCGUGAAGAAUCUAAAAGUGGACUCAUUCGAGCUGCCAAUACUAAGGUUGCUGUGUCUGCAAAAUCAAAUGGACCCAACAACAAAAAGCCACCAUUAAAAUCAAAUCAAUCAUUCCUAUUGUCACUGCUGUCCAAGUCUCAUCCAUCUUGUCCUCAUCAAACCUAUUCAUCUUGUUUCACUUACUUUACUCAUGGUUUGAUUAAAUCAUCUGGAUUAACGUGGUCCAUUUUAACCCUCAUCUCAUCGUUUAAAAAUCCUUCUCGUUUAAUGAAAGAUCCUUCUAUUUUAUUGAAAGCUGUUCGUAACGGUAAAAAUUUACGUUUCGCUGGUUUCCUCGGACUUUUUGUGGCAACUUUUCGCCUUGUUAAUUGUAUUCUUCGAGCAUCUUGUGGUGGCUCAGCUGACUGGCAUGCAGCUUUGGCUGGUUCACUGGCAGGUCUAACUAUGGCUCUUUCGCCAAACUCUACCAUUGCAACUUAUGUAACAUGGAAAUGUAUUGAAAACCUUUAUUGUUUGCAUUAUUCAAACGGCCUAUUGCCUGAUCCAGUACAUAUCAUACCAAUAAUUUACGCUACUAGUGUUUCAAUUAUAUUUUAUUGUGGAGUUUUAUCACCUGACACUGUAAGACCUUCAUAUGUUAAAUUUAUGGACUCUGUGACCAAACAAAGAAUUCACCAAUUUAAUCGUAAUGUGCUUUCCAUUUUCCGGACCGGGGCUGAAAAAGGUUACGAAGAUUAUAUUCCCAAUUUGGACCCAAGACAUUGUUCUAGAGCUUUCCUUGAAACAAAUUAUCUUUGGAUGCUUCCAGUGAAUUAAUUCAAUAAAUGAAUCGCUUCACAUCAAUCCAAUAUUUUAUGAUUGUCAAAGACAACAUGGAUUAAUAUUCAUGAACAAAUGAUAUGCUUAGCAGUCAGAAAACAAAAGUCAAACACCUAUCACUCAAAGUGAUUAUUAUAACCCAAAAGGUUGUUUUAUUUGAUUCAUUAACAAUAACUCAACUCAAA